GAACGACCUUGUGCCUGGAUGUGGAAUGGGACUAUGCUCGACCCUUCGUCAGCUAUACACCCUGCGCAGCUGAAGAGCGUGGGAGAAUGACCGAGUCGAAUAAACGGUGGUCAUUCUCGAGGAGGGCCGGAAGGGCCUGCUUGAACUGCAGAGCACGCAAGGUUAAAUGCAAUGUUGAGGAGCAAGGUCCACCAUGCAGCAAUUGUCUCACCGACAGUGUGAGCUGCCAUGUUCAGAAGAGUAGAAGGGGCCGGAGGCCACAAAAGAUCAAAUCUACAAGCAACGUCCUAGCAACACCAGAGAUUCAACGUCCAUUCGGGGAGUCUGCCGACAACGUAACCACUGUUGUUGAUUCUGGUUGUCGCAUUCCGGAUAGGAGACACACCGAUCAAUGGUUGACAGAGUUCGGAGCAAGUCAUGAAUACAAUGCUGAGAGAACCUUCAAUCAGCAUCCGUCUUCCAGACCUCAAACGAUAAUGCCAUCGCUAACGGCUUCAAAAAGUUUUGAGUUGCUACACAAUAUGCAUCACGAGCUGACGUAUGCUUCGCUCAUCGAUUGUGUUUCCAUGGCAAACGAUGCUUCGAGCGCUCUGGAUACCUCGAGCUCUGAGACGAUGACCUCCAUUUCAACUGUAGCAAACUACGACCGAUUCCCGGGAUUUGUGAAGCCACUUUCUCCACGGCUGACUUCGGAUGAUAUCAACUAUCUUUUCAGGAAAGGCGCCCUGGAAAUUCCUCGAAUGGAGUCUGUCGAUGCGAUUAUUCAAAGCUAUUUCCAGUAUUUCCAUUGGUUCAUGCCUCUUUUGGACCCGCAGGUUUUGUUAAACUGUACAUGCGGUCAUUGGCGCCCUGGAAUGCCGAGGAUCAGCAUUUUGGUCUUGCAGGCUGUGAUAUUUAUUGGUGCUACGUUUGUCGACAUACAGUAUCUGCAGAAAGCUGGGUUCAAGGCGAGAAGAGCUGCAAGAAAGGUCUUCUAUGAGAGAGUGAGAUUACUCUAUGAACUCGAUGUGGAAGAAAGCCGCAUCGCGGUCAUUCAAGCCACCCUUCUCUUGAGCUUCUGGAAUGAAACACCAGGCGACAGUAAAGGAGGCUGGCAUUUUCUGGGCAUUGCGAUAUCCCUAGCUCUCACAAUAGGACUCCACCGGAAACAAACCUUCUCAAAUCCUUCUCUGGAGAAACACCUUUUGAAAAGAAUAUGGUGGUCGUGUUAUAUGAGAGACCGUAUGCUUGCGCUUGGAAUGUCUCGGCCACUGAGGAUCAAAGACAGCGAUUUCAACACUCCAUUACUGGCGCUGGACGACUUUGAGCUCGAGAAUAGCGCAGGAGGCGACCUUCGACACCAUCUCAUAGAGCCACAAUGUCAGCGAAGCCUUGCGGAAAUGUGCAUUACAAUGGCACAGCUUUGUGUCCAAAUAGGGGUGGUAAUCGACUUGCACUAUUCCAUUUUGCCCAGCGACGAUUUCGAUCAAUCCACAGAGGAUCCGACAGGGCGGACUACGGCAAUACUAUAUCCCAAGUCUGAGCCAGGGAAAUUAGAGCUGGUUAAGGCGUGUAACCAGUCUCUGCAACGGUGGCUCAACAAUAGGCCUGCAUCAGCCAUCUUUCAACCUCCCAAGUCAAAAGAUUUUGUUGGAUUUUCUACAGUUGUGAUGGCUCAUCAAGCUUUCCUCCACGUCUGCUUUUGCGGGGCCCUCUCGGCGCUCCAUCGGCCACAGGUGUGUCUGGGCAAGCCCGAUGCCGGAAGUAUGAAUGUGAGAGAGGACGUUCGAGAACAAUCCCGACUGAGAGUCGAAGAAGCAACCUCGGAGAUGGCAAAAAUCAACUACCACAUCCACAAAUUCCAUUUGAGUUCUUCUCUGCCUCCCACUGCUGCUACGUUAGAAUUGCCGAUACUCAUCACCCACAUAAAGCAUAUACAAUACCAAGAGGGUCAGAGUCUGGAAAUAUGUUUGGAAUCAAUAUUUUAUUGUUUGAAAGUGUUGGAGGAAAUGCAAGAUCUCUACGUGGGAGUUGAUUUGGUGAUCAGGUUUGCCGCUGACCUGAUGAGGAGGGCAAGUAUCAACGUGUUAACCGGACAGAACAUGAGAGUUUCCGGGGUCAGUUAUAAAGGCUUCCAGUACCAACUUCGAAAAGCGCGGUCUGAUGAGGCUGAGGCCAAGUGGGAGACCGGCAAUAUCAACAGCCACCAUCCUAUCCAAACUGAUUCGUCAUUGCCUACUCCUUACUCGCCACGAGACGGUCCUUGUAGGACGAGAACACCAUCAUCCGGGGAGCAAGCGAAUGACACGAUGUUUGAUCUAUCAAAGGUUCAUUGGGGCUGUUGCGAUGGUAUUUUUCUUGCGGAGAAUCCAGACCUAGAGGCUAUGUUUCAGCUAAUGGUGGAUUUUGAUAGCCUAGAUGACCUCGCUUCAUAG